CCACUCCCUCCCUCUCUUGUCAUGUCUUCCAGAAGAGUACUCGUACUCACGUAGGUAAGUUCGAGGUACCUGUGCGACGCUUUCUCCGCUUCCAAGAGCCGACAUUGCUGCCAUUGGCCCAAUGUGAUCGAGCUAGAGCUAGAGGUAUUUGGACUUGUCUGGUAGCGCGAGUGGACUCAGCCGACAGUAACAAUCAAGCCAGCGAUACCUGGGUAGAAUCUGACGAUAAAUGGGCAAAUGCGAUGAGUGCCCUGAGUCUUGAGGCCCGGGGAGGUAACUCCAGGCGCACGUGCACUCCCUAGGGCCUCGGUCGACUGUAAGAUCACGCGGGGAGUAGGCGAAAGGAACCCCUGAGCUUCUUCCCAUUGCAUUGCCUCACCAGGUCUUAUCUACAAACGACAAACGACCCAACAUCCUCCGACCGAUUUCAAUCAUCGCCCAUCUCCCAUCAUCUACCAAAAUCUGACCUUGCGUUGUACAUACAUACAACAAGAAUAAUCAUGGCCUCAAAUCUAAAAACCCAACCUCCACCUCACCCAACUUUCCUCCUCUCAUACCCAUCUCCCGGCAUCCUAUUGAUGACCAUAAACCGUCCAAAACAGAUGAACUCCAUACACUCCACGGGACAUGUAAGCUCCUCAUCCCAAUCUUGUACUCUAAUAAACCCCUUCAAACCUCACAUUCUUAAUCACCUCUCGAAACUUCUGUCUUACUAACUUCACCCAGUGGGAAGCACAAUCCAUACUCACCUGGUACGAUAACGAACCAAGUCUCUCAGUCUGUAUUAUUACCGGCGCAGGAAAUAACGCUUUCUGCGCGGGACAAGAUCUGGUAGAAAUCGGUAGCUCGAAAGCUUCAUCCCAGCCGAUGCAACUAGGAAGUCAUCCUCCUAGUGGUUUUUGUGGAAUCAGUAGGAGGGUUGGGAAGAAGCCCAUUAUUGCGGCCGUGAAUGGUCUUGCGUUGGGAGGGGGGACGGAAAUCGUUUUGAAUUGGUAAGCAUCUUUCACCCAAUACUCCUGGGCUUGUAGACGAAGAGGGGGGUGGAGGCACGUGAUGGGUGUCUGAGGAUGAGAUAUGAGAUAUGAGCUGAUAUGUACUCCAGCGACAUGAUAAUAGCCUCUCCCACCUCUUACUUCGGCCUUCCCGAAGUCACGUUAGGUCUCUAUGCCGCAGCAGGAGGACUUCCCCGUCUUGUUCAUACAGUCGGCAUGCCUCUCGCCUCAGAACUCGCCUUGACGGGGCGUCGACUCACUGCCUCGGAAGCACUCUCUUUUCACCUCAUCAACAAAAUCUCCAAAACGCCAGAAUCUCUUAUGGACGAGGUUCUCACGCUGGCAAAGAAGGUUGCUAGUCAGAGCCCUGAUGCUAUUAUCGUGACGAGAGCUGGUCUGAGGGAAGCAUGGGAGACGGCUAGUGUGGAAAGUGCGACGAAGCGAGUGGGUGAUCGGUAUAAUGCUGGACUUUUCGAGGGAGAAAAUUUCCAGAUCGGGGUGGAGGCUUUUGUGAAGAAACAGAAACCCGUUUGGAAACCUAGUAAGCUGUAGGUGAGGGUUGAUGGUACCAAGUCGGGUUUGUUUCAACA